CGGCCGAACGGCCUCGGCUGCUCUGGGGCUGCGGGCUGGGAGGGGACCGGGGCGGCCUCCGGGCUUUCCCCGCCCGCGGGGCAUCCCACGGGAACGGGCGGUAUCGGCGUGGAACGCCGGGAUGGUUCCUCGUCCGACGCAAUCGCAGCGCUCCUCGGGCAGCGGGGGUGCGGCUGUAAAGCGGUUUGGGUGCGGGGCUCGCACGGGUGCUGGAGGGAAAGGAAAGUGAAGGCACCGCUGGGCUGUUGCUUUAGAUGCUGGCUCGGGAGGUGCCGGUGUUUCCUUCGGCUCAGAGCUCGAUAAAAGCUCUGAUAAAAGACCUUUGCAGAGCUGCCGUGCCGACGUGUGACUGACGGAGGGAGCUGACACUGAUAUUUGGAAUUUCUGUGGGAGGGCAGUGCAGGGAAUCGUAAAUUCUGCUGCACACUCCUCCCCGUAUUUGAGUCUAAAAGGAAGCAGCGAAUCUUCCAGUUCAGCUUUAAGAAGUAGUGUGGGGAAAGCUGCAGUGUGAGUGAAAUGUGUAGGGCAUGCAGUGUCUGUGAGUCUGGAGAACUUUAAUGUGGAUAUGCCAGCACAAAGCCUUCCAAUCUGUCGAUAUAUUGCAAUGCAUAUUUUUUUUAAAUAUACUGGCAUUAACUUGGAGUGAGGAGUAAGGUUGGGAUAGAUGAUUAAUGUGGGGAAGAAAUACCCUAUUACAAUGUGACUGAUUUUGUGUGGUUUGGUUGGGGUUUUUUAUUUAUUUGGGGAAUUUUUGUUGGCCUUUUUUUUUCAGUGUGGUUGUGGGUGUUUUUUUCGGACUUUUUUUUUGCGGUUAGAGUAUAUUGCAGUGACGGUGAUAUUUCGCUAGUUCUCUUGCUUUUAGACAAAGUCAUUCUGCUGGCUUCUCCCAGCCUGACUGGCAGGUUUAAAACCCAGCGUGCACAUGCAGAAGCAAGCUGCAGGUCUUGAAUUUCUGCAGACUUCCAGAAGGCUGGGGAGUAUGGAAAGCCUCUGUGCAGCAAACAGCACUUUUGCUGUGGACCUCUUAAGAAAGCUGUGUUGUGAGAAGAAAAGUGGGCAGAAUGUGUUCUUUUCACCAUUUAGUAUUUCUUCUGCUUUGGCUAUGGUUUUGCUGGGUUCCAGAGGUAGCACUGAAGCCCAAAUAAGCAAGGUGCUUUCUCUGAACAAUGCCCAGGAUGCUCACAAUGGGUAUCAAUCCCUCCUCUCUGAAAUUAAUGAUCCCAACACCAAAUACAUCCUGAGAACUGCGAACUGGCUCUAUGGAGAAAAGACCUUUGAGUUUCUUCCAUCUUUUAUAGAGUCCAGUCAGAAAUCCUACCAUGCUGGCCUGGAAGAGAUGGACUUUCUGCAUGCUUGGGAGGAUUCCAGGAAGCAAAUCAAUGGCUGGGUAGAGGAAAGGACUGAGGGUAAAAUUCAGAACCUGUUGGCAGAGGGGAUUCUGAAUUCUCUGACCAGGCUUGUGUUGGUGAAUGCCAUCUAUUUCAAAGGCAACUGGGAAAAGGCGUUCAGGAAAGAGAGUACCCGAGAAUGCCAAUUCCAAAUUAAUAAGAAUGAGACCAGGCCUGUGCAGAUGAUGUUCAAGGAGGCAAAUUUUAACAUGACCUACAUUGGAGACUUUCAGACCAAAAUCCUUGAGCUCCCAUAUGUGGGUAAUGAACUGAGCAUGAUCAUCCUGCUCCCCGAUGCAAUCCAGGAUGGAUCCACAGGCUUGGAAAGACUGGAAAGAGAACUUACAUAUGAGAACUUGAUGGAUUUGAUCAGUCCUAAAAUGAUGAGGUCUAGAAAAGUGAGGGUGUCUUUACCCAGAUUUAAACUGGAAGAAGAUUAUUAUCUGAAACCUAUUUUAAGAAGCAUGGGAAUGCCUGAUGCAUUUGAGUUGGGCAAGGCAGACUUUUCAGGAAUCUCACCUGGCGAUAACCAGCUGGUGCUGUCUGAAGUGGUUCACAAAGCCUUUGUGGAAGUCAAUGAAGAAGGCACUGAAGCAGCUGCUGCUACAGCUGUAGUGAAGAUGGCUCUUUGUGCAAGUAUAGUUCCAAAAUUCAUUGCUGAUCAUCCCUUCCUCUUCUUCAUCCGGCACAACAAAACUUCCAGCAUUUUGUUCUGUGGCAGAUUUUGCUGUCCACACCUGCCGCCCCGCCCCGCCCCGCCCUGUCUCCCCGCCCCAGCCCCAGCCCCAGCAGGGUCCCCGCGGGUGACACCGCGGUGUCACUGCGCCGCUCGCCUCCUGCCGCUCCAUCCCCUCCCAGCCCGCUCGGCGCUGCCCGCAGCUAUAACCAUGGAGAGCCUGUCCAAUGCCAACAGUAGAUUUGCAAUUGAUCUGCUCAGAAGGUUUAGUGAAGCCAACCCAACAGGAAAUGUCUUCUUUUCUCCUGUCAGUAUCUCUGCUGCUCUGGCCAUGGUCCUUUUGGGGGCCAAAGGUAAUACUGAAGCCCAGGUGCUGAAGACGCUUCAUCUUGACAAAGUUGAAGAUGUUCAUUCAAGAUUCCAGGCUCUGACAACAGAUAUAAACAGAAGCGAUGCUCCCUAUCUCUUGCGGCUGGCCAGUCGGCUCUUUGGAGAGAAGUCCUACAGCUUUCUGCAGGAUUUCCUGACUAAUACACGGAAAUUAUAUGGAGCUGACUUGGCUACAGUUGAUUUUCUUCAGGCUUGUGAUAAAGCUAGGAAAGAAAUUAACCAGUGGGUCGAGGAGAAAACUGAAGGCAAAAUCCCUGAUCUGCUGUCUGAAGGUUCAGUUGAUAGCAUGACCAAGCUGGUAUUGGUGAAUGCUAUUUAUUUCAAAGCGAACUGGGCAGAGAAAUUUCAAGAAGCUGACACCACUGAUGCACCAUUUCGCUUAAAUAAGAAUGAAAAAAGGACAGUAAAAAUGAUGUAUCAGAAAAAGAAAUUUAAUUUUGGAUAUAUCCCUGAAGAGAAGAUCCGUGUUUUAGAGCUGCCUUACGAUGGAAGAGAACUUAGUAUGAUCAUCCUGUUACCUGAUGACACUGAAGAGGACUCCACUGGACUGCAAAAGAUGGAAAAGCAACUUACCUUAGAGAAGCUCCAGGAAUGGACACGGUCUGAGCAUCUGUAUUCCGCUGACGUUCACGUGCGUUUGCCAAAGUUUAAGCUGGAGGAAUGCUAUGACCUUAAAUCAGAUUUAGCCACUAUGGGCUUGCUGGAUGUGUUUGACAGUGGCAAGGCUGACCUGUCGGGAAUGUCAGGGGCACAUGACCUCUUCCUCUCUGCAGUUGUCCACAAGGCUUUUGUGGAAGUGAAUGAGGAAGGCACGGAAGCUGCAGCUGCCACUGCUGGCAUUGCUCUGCUUUGCAUGGCCAUAGAAGAGGAUUUCAACGCUGACCAUCCUUUCCUUUUCUUUAUUCGCCACAACCCAACACAAAGCAUACUUUUCUUGGGCAGAUUUGCUUCCCCAUAAAAGAAAACUUACCAUUUGCAGCAGUUCCUGUUGUUGUUAAUGAAAGCUUUGUUCCUGAAGAAGUUAAUCCUCCUGUUGUGAGUUCCUAGUAAUUUGACUGAGAUUCUGCCUUUCCAUUAAAACAACCCCAGAGAAAACAAGGGAGUAAUUUAUUUUUCUUUCUUGAGAUUGACAUCACCUUUAAUUGAACAAGGAAAAUCUUGGAGUAGAAAUAAAUUUUCUUGGAAGAAAUGCAUAUCUCUUAAAGCAUAGUAUCAGCCUCUAUGCAUCCUCACAUUUUCUGUGUUCACAGUUCUCCACUGCGAUAAUCAAUCACUCCUUAAUAAUUCAGUCACUCCUUAUGCAUAAAUACUAGGUUGCACUUGCAAAGCUAUCCCUUCCCUAAAAUACUGCUUUACAAAAUAGUGUAAUAAAAUCGUUCUAGGGACUAGAAGGCAUGUUUCAAACAGCUGGGUAUACCCAGUUCUGUCAUGAAAUAGAAGGUCAGAUAACAUUUGUUUAGAGACGUCUAUUUAUAGGGAAAGGAUUAAGCUAUUUAAACAAAAGUAACCCCUUGAAGCUAGUAGCCAGAAAAAUUGCAACACAGCUUUUGAAUGAGAAAGAAAAAAUGAGUAAGACUUUAGGUGAUGUGUUUAAAGAGGAUUUUUAAAAUUUACAAUAAAUGUUAAAAUGUUUAAAGGAUUAGACGUUUUAGGUGCCUUUUUGAAAGUUCAGAAGCCUCCAGUGUUAGAUGCUGGCCAAUAUUUCUGUCAUUCCUGAAAGAUACUUUGGCUUCCUAGAGGAGGAUCUGCAAAAAAUACCUGAUGUUCCUCUUUAUGUACAAGGAUUCUACAUUUACUGAGCUGACUUUCACUACCUCUUUAUGCACAAACCUCUGGUAGUGUACCACAGCCUUGUUCCUGGUUGCCAGUGUAAUUACACACUGUCAUGUUCUGUGUUUAUUUUUGGAGGUUAUUUACUUGUAUCUUGGGUACUGUAACCUGUACAACCUUAGCUCUGAAUGGGGCACAAUAGUUUAUAUAAUUGCAAACUGCAUUUGAAUCUUGUCUUUAAGCAACAAAUAAAAGUCUUUUACUUAAA